AUGGCGACGCCGUCGCAGCACACGCCCACGCGACACUUCUCGCACGGCCCCGCGCACUCCCCGCGCCUCGGCACGCUCCCGUCCGUCUCGCCCGCGGUGACGCGACUCGACCGCGUCUUAGAUCUCGUCACCGAGCACGAGUCCAAGUUUCGGGACCAAGAGGUGCGCGUCGUGGACGUCUCCGCGCGCAUCGCGCGCGUGGAGGACGCCGUCGGCCGCGGGACCGUGGGCGACUUCGACGUCCGCGCGGAGCUCGAGGCUGCGAAGCUCGCGGUGGACACGCUGAACGCGCAGAUGCUCGCGUGCGUCGACGACAACGACACGAUCCGCCGCGACGUGCGAAACGCGCUCUCGCAGACGCGCGAGGACACCGCGGCGGCGGUGAAGCAGCUGAAGGCGUCGUUCAAGGUGAUGCUCGACGACGCGCUGGCGAAGAUGACGAAGCAGGUGGAGUCGGCAAAAGCCGUCGCGAGCGAACGCGAACGCCGCGGCGGCGGCGCGAAGGAGGCGGAGACGGCGGCGUUGAGCGCUCGCGUGGACGACGCCGAGCGAGUCGCGAGCGCCGCCGCCGCCGCCGUCGCCGAGCUGGCCGAGUCGAGCUCGACGCGCGGCGACGCCGCGGGGAGGGUGAGCCUGAGCGCGGAGACGUGCGCGCGGUUGGACGCGAUGGAGGCGGACCGAGAGAAGAUGAAGCGACGCGUGAACAAGCUGGUGACGUUUUAUAACCACGGGCUGAAGGAAUACGCGCGCGUCAAGGACGUCGCAGACGGGAAGCCUCUCUCCGGAGGGCGCUCCCCCGCUCUGUCGAUGCCGGGGAUCGCGGAGAACGACAAGGAGAACGCCGAUGGCAAGGAUAACGCGACGAUCAUCGCGCGGCUGCUCGCGCGCGUCGACGAGCAGUCCGCGGAGACGUCCGAGCUCCGAACGCGUUUCGCCGAGCUCGCGGCGAGAGUGGAACGACGGCCGGCGUCGGCGUCCGCCGCGAAGGCGCCGUCGAAGCCGCCGAGGACGCCGAGCACCGCGCGCGCGACGACGACGACGACGAAGACGGCGACGAAACCGUCCUCGUCCAAGUCGUCCUCGUCCAAGACGGGCGUCGGCGUCAAGAAGAAGACCAGCGCCGCCGCCGCCGCCGCCGUCGACGUCUCGGCGGUUUCCGCCGCGUCGUCGUCGGAUGAAAAGACGCCGCACGUCGUCGCCGCCGCGCGCCGAGCCGCCAAGGCGGCGAUGUUCACCCCGCGCGUCCAACCCGCGCCGUUCACGUUCGUCGACGCGUCCGACGACGACGUCGAGGGCGGUGGCGGCGGCGGCGUCGGUGCCGUGCCGCCGAGGGAGCUCGACGCGUUCGUGGAGCGCAUGCGCGAACGCGUCGGGAGCGCGGAGAAGGACGCGGCGGCGGCGGCGGCGGCGCGGCGGCGACGCGCGCCCGCGGUGAGCGCGGGGAAGCGGCGGAUACUCAGCGCGCUCGGCGACGCCGGGUUCGACAGCGACUGA